CUGGAUUGGAGCCCUUCAGAAAAAGACCUUGACCAGUGCUCCAUGAAGGGCAAGAGAAAGGCUGACUGUCCUAACUUCAUCCGUGUGCUCCAGUUCCUGAACACCACCCACAUCUAUACCUGUGGAACCUUUGCUUUUAGUCCGCGCUGCACCUACAUCCACUCGGACACGUUAACAAUGAGCCCCAACACCGAUGAAGGAAGAGGUCGCUGCCCUUAUGACCCCUAUCAGCGCAGCACUGCUGUCAUUGUGGAUGGAGAACUGUACACUGCCACUGUGGCAGACUACAGGGGGAACCGGCCGGUCAUCUCCAGACACCUCAGUGAAGGUGGUCGAGUCGACAUGAAGUUGGACGAUACGUUAGGAUGGCUUGAGGAUCCAACCUUCAUCAGCUCCAUCUUCAUUCCCCAUGAGGAGAAAAUCUUCUUCUUCUUCAGUGAAGUGGCUAGAGAGUAUAACUUCAUAGACAAGUUCAUUGUGUCCCGUGUGUCUCAGAUCUGCAUAAGUGACGUUGGAGGUCAGCGGACUCUACAGCGACGAUGGACCACGUUUGCCAAAGCUCAGCUGUUGUGCCAGGCUGGCAGUGAGCUGCCUUACAAUGUGGUCCAGGACAUCGACAUCCUCCCACCAGCAGAGGGAGCUCCUGCAGAUGACACGCUUUUCUAUGGCAUCUUCACCUCUCAGUGGGCCGUGAACUCUGGAAGGUCGGCAGUGUGCUCAUUUCGUCUGGCAGAAAUCAAAUCUGUUUUCUCUGGAAACUACAAGGUCCUGAACAGGGACACGUUACAGUGGAGCGCACGCAUUCAGGAGAAGGUCGCAAAUCCGGGAGAGUGUGGCCUGCACAACGCGUCAGAUAACGCUCUGCGCUUCGUCAAAGAGAACUUUCUGGCGGAGGACAGCGUGCAUCCAGCAGGAAAACCUCUGACCGUGGUGUCUGCUGAGCGCACCUACAGCCGCCUGAUGGUCCAGAGGGUCCAGGGGGCCAACAGAAAGUUCUACACGGUCCUGUUUCUACUGACAGAGGAUGGUUACUUACACAAAGCAGUGCUGCUGCCGCUCGGGGCCCACAUCAUCGAGGAGGUCCAGGUUUUUGAGCUGCCACAGCCCAUCAAGAGCCUGAAGCUGUCUGUUCCCAAGGGUAUGGUUUACAUCGGCACAUCAGAGGGGGUUCUGAGGGUUCCAGCGUCCAACUGCUCCUUCUACUGGACCUGUGGUCAGUGUGUCCUGGCCCGAGACCCUUUCUGUGGCUGGGAUCCUGGCAGCAGGGCCUGUGUAGAGGUCUCUGGGACCCAGAGCAGUCUGGCUCAGGACGUAGAUGGAGGGAAUGUUGAAGAAACCUGCAACAGCAUUUCAUUCACACACAGAACCAGAUUUGGUCCAAACAAAUUGCCCACAGCCUCGUGUCCUCCAGGCAAGCUGGUGUCCGUGUCCCUGAAUGAAGUGGUGCGGCUGCAGUGUCCCGCAGCAUCGCAGCUGUCCCGGCAGCUGUGGGAGCGUCCUAACAGUCGCUUGUCCUCGGACCUGUACUUGGAGCUGGGGGAUGGGAGCCUUAGCUUCGUGGCCACUCCGGCCACGCUGGGCCACUACCUCUGCCUGUCCACAGAGAACGGCUACCGGCAGACCAUAGCCAUCUAUCAGGUGAAGCAGAAGAGCAGCCCCCUGACUCAGACUCCAACCAGUCGCACCCAGCUUCACACACGAGCCGCCCCCACCUCUCACACUGCAGCCAGCUCUGGACCUCACACCUCCACAGGGAGUUGGCCUGAAACAACAGAGACCAAACCUUCACUGUCUGCCAUGAACACUCAGGUCACCCCCCGACAGCCUGGCAGGAACCUGACUCUGUGGACCAAAGGGUCUGGACUGAGAGAGUUCCCCGGUGAGGAGUCCCCGCUGUCGGCCCGCUGUCCCAACUACCUGAAGGAGCUGGUGGUGGUGUCGGUCCUGCUGGUCCUCUGCCUCAGUCUGCUGAUCCCAUUGACUGUGUGUGUCAUCAGACAGCGCUGGCAGAGGAAAACAGCCCCUCAGGCAGGAACUCUUCCCAGAGACUCGAACAGGGGGACCCCGGAGGAGCAGGAGGCCCUGAACGAAAAUGAGUUCUUUAGCCAACGCACUGGUCCACCUGUGCACGGUGGACAUUCCAGCGGGUUGGUUUGUAACGGGACACUGACAGACUCCAGACAGCAUCUACCAAACACUCCCAUCUGAGCAACAGAUUCAAACUGUUCCUUUAAAGAAGAUGGUAGUCCAGUUA